AUGGGGUCGGUAGAUUUCACGACUACAAUUAAACUUGAUUUACAAAAUGAUGAUGAAGCACAGGUCAGGGACUCCGUUGAUUCUGCAUCCCAUUCUCCGAAGGAAAUACAGUCACUUGGGAUGCUUCACCAUGAUAUGGAAUCAGUGAAAAAGUCCCACAAUUCACCAAUCCAUGACUCAAUAGAGGAAACAGAUUCAUUAGAAGAUUCAGAAGAUCUCUACAUGGACAAAAGUGUUACAGAAUUUGAACCAGAACUUGUAAUAUGUCACAAAGAGACUAGUUACAACACUAUCAAGGAUAUCUGUGUGGAUGAAGGAGUCACUACUAGGGAUAAUAUUUUUUUUGGGAGAAAAGUAGACGAAAACAUACACAGAACUUAUUCUUCUCGGAGUUCUGAAAAUAAAGAAUCAGUGAAAGAAAAUGUUGGGAUCAAUCUCUUAAAUCCACCAGUAAAAGAUGAAUCUGAUCAAUCCAAGGAUUUGAUGCAGCUAGAUAAAGAUGCAACCAGAAAACUUGCUGAUAACGUGUAUAAGGAGAUUCUUGUGGCUGAAGAUAACGUUUUGUUACAAGAGUUAGACACAGAGAAACCCAGGACAUCAGAUGAAAUCGAACACGUCCAUGCAAAGGUUGAUAGUGAGCCGGACUUUCACUCCCAGCCUGACAAGUCCAAAAAUGUGAUUGAGGAUCAUACAGUGUUUUCUAGUCCAACUUUGGAAUCAAAAACUGAAAUCCUUGGCAGUACUAGUUUCCUGCAGGAGAAUGGAAACAUGGCGAAUCAGUUUGAUCAUUCGGAUCCAGGAAGUAGUCAAUUUAGUGACUGUCAUAGUGGUCAAACUGAAGAUGCAGAUGUGAAGUCUGAUGAUCAGGGUGAAAAAAAUCAAGUGCAUCAAAGAUUAGGCGAGUCAAGUUCCUCCUCCCUUGGUUACUUAGGACCUCUACCUUAUUGUGGAAGCAUCUCUCUUCGAUCAGAUAGCAGCACAGCUAGCUCAGGCUCCUUUGCCUUUCCCAUGUAA